CAGGAUCCUGAGUUGUUUCAUUAUGUGAUGGGGGUGGCAAUGCGGUGUACCAGUGCCAUCUCCUCUUAUACAUAUUACAAAUUUUUUCUGAGAUGCCUGCUGUGCCAGCCCACUAACCGCUGUCUUUGUUCCCCCUCAAGACACCUGCUCUGCUGCAAACGAAGACCUGUCCUCCCUGCUGAAGGCCAUCACACGAGGCUACGAGAAGAGAUUCCGGCCCGUCAAGGACUGGCGCUCUCCAGUCACCGUCUACCUGGACUUGGCCCUGCACUCCAUCAUCGAUCUGCAGGACAAGGAGGAGAAGGUCUCCCUACAGCUCUUCUUCACUGAGAGAUGGCAGGAUGAGAACCUGGUGUGGGACCCCCCUCAGUGUGAUGACCUGACUCACUUCACAUUGCCAGCUGCUAGCGUCUGGACUCCAGACAUCUCACUCAGCGAGCUGGUAGGUGAAGAGAACACUGAGCCAGCCUCAUACAUCUCUGUGGGACCGGCGGGAUGGCUGCAGCGUGUCAGGCAGCUCGUGGUGGUGGUCCGCUGUAACCUGGCCAUGUUUAAGUUUCCUUUUGAUGUCCAAAGAUGUAAUCUCACCUUCAGGCCAAACCUCCAUGCUGCGGAAGAUGUGCGUCUCGCCCCUGAGAGCCGAGCGUCUAUGGCGUUCCACGACAGCCCCACGUAUACGAGUCACGGCCAGUGGCAGCUGCACUCUCUGCUCAAUUACAGUUUCAGCGAGAAGCUUUACAACAGGACGUACUCCAUGGUCGCCUUUGAGGUGACCAUGGCCCGCUGCCCCACAUUCUAUGUGAUCCACCUGAUUGUGCCAAGCGGCUUUGUGAUGCUCAUCGAUGUUUUCGGCUUCGCCAUUCCUGCGGACACCGGAGAACGAGUCUCCUUCAAAAUAACCCUCCUCUUCGGGUACACGGUCUUCCUGGUCCUGGUCAACGAUCUCCUGCCGCCAUUUCGAGAUGCCACUCCGGUGCUGGGUAUCUACUUCGUGGUCUGCAUGGCCUUCCUGGUGCUCAGCGUAGCGCAGUCCGUGCUGCUGUUGGCUCUCGUGCGGCCGGACAUCCAACACAAAGCCCCGCCCCUGCCCAGCCUAAGUCUCCGCCUCUUUCCCGAUUGGAAGGCAAAGUGGACACCGAGAACAGAGGAGAGGAACACAAAUGCAUAUUUAGGAACAAGAGGUCUGCACAGAUAUCUGGAAGCUGCCUUCGAGAAAAAGGGAGGAAAUCCUGUGGGGGAAAGCCGACUGCUCGGAGCACUGCAGGACCUGGAAGCGGAGGUGCGAGAGGUCAGCGCUGAGCUGCAGGACCUGCUGCGCCGGAAUGAGAUGCGCCGAAUGUGUCAGGAGCUCCUCGGGACCCUGGACGCCGCGUGCUUCUGCGUCUACCUCGUCCUCCUCGCGCUCUUCUUCCUGGCGCUCUCCGUCUUCUGGGGGACCGAGCAGUGACACUCCAAUCACCCCCCCUGGUUCUGGGGCACGAGCUCGGAGACUUUGAAUAAUACUCUAAAGUUAAUAAAAUAAACA